AUGGUGAGGAGGGUGAGGGACGGCGGCGGCGUGGAGAUUAAGGCACUGUUGUCGUACCGGGGCUACAUGGAAGCACUCAUCAAGAACGUUGCAAUCACGUCGGGAGAUAGGAGGCACAUGGAUAUAGAGAGACGGGCGCGGCUCAGAAUCAAGCUCCCCAACGUCGUGUGCGUCGAUGCGAAAGGGCUGCUGCUCAAGGACGACCGCCUUCACCUCACCAUUCAUGCCCAAGUUUGCCUUGGCCACAUGAUGGCCGACACAUGCCUCUGGCAUUUCGCACCGUAG